AUGUUCCGAAACCCUCGCGACAAGGUGGCUGUAGACGCUGCCGGUGCAGUUUUGCCCUCAACCGGUCGUCCUCCCACUCCGCCUACCAACCGCAACAACAACCAACCGCACCGCUCCCCCUACUUCUCUCUUACACCUGCAAAACCAAAGAAAGUGGUCCCAAUGGUGAACACUCCGCUUCUCGGUCGGCAAUUGGGUAUCAAACCUUCCAGCACAAAGAAAGAGACCAUGCGCCAGAAUUCCAUCCUCAGUUUCUUCAAUAAGCCCGACAAGAAGGAUGAACCUCAAAAACACACUGCAGCCAGCGCUCCCUUGUUUUUCCAGGAUGGUCGAAGCAGACCUGAAGAUCCGGUAGUUGCCGAGACAGUAUCCCGCCGCUGCAAUGUUUCGGACCAAGAACGCUUUAAUGAGCUGGAAGGGCCCGUGAAGAGGAGGCGAACUCUUGAGGAGGACUCGGACUUCAUUGUUCGCACGCCCUCUCCAGAACUAAGACUAGGUACCAACGACCCGAACGGGCUCAAGGAUUCGGAUACCGGGGUCACACAUCAGCCAAAGCCGCAGAAGCGGCGAGGCGGGUUCCUGGCAGAUUCGAGCGACGAAGAAGAUGACAGCUGGGACGCUGUCCUGCACAACGCCAGUAACCAGCUCGAUAAUGCGGGCGAAGCACAGGAGAACGACCUGCUUGACUCGGCCGGCAGUGACAUCGAAACGAAACCCGGGGUAACCAAUUCUUCGUUGAAGCCCGCUGAUCUCGACGACAUCGAACCUAACGGCUAUGAUAGGCAUGAGCGCACCCGAAGUAAACCGACCACCGUACCCGGCCUGAAUCAUGAGGCAACGAGCAUGUUCGCCGCAGAUGAAUUCGGCGAGGAGGAUGAUUUUGAGAACGAUGAGUUCUUUGAGGGGGGCGAGGAAUACAUGGAAAGACGCUGGAUGCAAGAGCAGCGUGAACUGGAAAUGGGUCUGGACGAAGACUCGAGAUCGGAAAGUGGCGCGGAGGGUAUCAGAACACCCCGGAGUUACGUCGAAGGCGACGUCCAGGCCCAAGGUGAAGAAGGUGAUGGUCUCUCAGUCUGUCCGAUCUGUAACGGGAGCAUGAAGGGCCUUUCCGAAGCUCAGGCUUCUUCUCAUGUCAACGCCUGCCUUGAUGGCCAUGCCGAACCACUACCACCAAAAGAAGCCGAGCUCAGCAAAAUAGUUCCAAAAGACACGGCAGAUGGACCUUCCCGUCAUGGCACCCCUGCCGACAAUUUCGAUGGCCCAACUCCAAAACGCUUCCAGCGUGCUGCGAUUGCGCGCCCUGCGCAAUCCAACCCGUUCGCCGUCGGAAGCAAUGCGAAGGGGGGCUCUGCCUUUACUCGCUUGAUGUCUGGACAUGCCGAGGAUACUGCCUGGGCAGAGGCAGCAGCAAAUGAGGUGCAUUCUCGGGGCAAGCCUGCGUACCAGCGGACCUGUCCCUUUUACAAGAUCAUGCCGGGGUUUUCUAUCUGCGUUGAUGCGUUCCGCUAUGGCAAGGUUGAAGGCCAGAAUGCCUACUUUCUCAGUCACUUCCACAGUGACCACUAUAUUGGUCUUACCUCGUCCUGGCGUCACGGCCCGAUCUACGCCAGCAAGGUUACCUGUAAUCUCAUGGUACAGCAGCUGAAGGUUGAUCCGAAAUGGGUUGUACCGCUCGAAUUCGACGAAAAGGUCGAAGUACCCAACACGAAUGGAGUGCACGUUACCAUGAUCCCUGCCAACCACUGUCCUGGAUCAUCACUCUACUUGUUCGAGAAGGUCACCGGUAAAAAUAGGGACGGGUCCACAAAGACGACUCGAAUCCUUCAUUGUGGGGAUUUCCGCGCAUGUCCUGCGCACGUUGGCCAUCCUCUUCUGCGACCUGAUGUCGUUGACAGCCUCUCCGGGCAGAUCAAGCAGCAAGUCAUUGACACGUGUUACCUCGACACCACAUAUUUGACACCCAAAUACUCCUUUCCCAGCCAACAAGACGUGAUCGAUGCCUGCGCUCAGAUGUGCGUGAGUCUGUCCAAGGAGAUCGUCGAUACAAAGGACAGCUGGGAGAAGACUAAAGCAGACCGAGCUGGCAGCACGAUGAAACGGUUUCUGGAACAGGGCGAGAGCAAUCUAGCCAAAGACGCUGACCACGAGGACAAGACGGUAAAGCCCCGGGGUCGUCUCCUUGUUGUCAUCGGCACCUACUCGAUUGGCAAGGAGAGAAUAUGCCUGGGAAUCGCGAAAGCCCUGAACUCCAAGAUCUACGCGCCCCCCUCGAAAAUGCGCAUAUGCGCCUGUCUGGAGGACGACGACUUGAAUGCACGACUGACCUCGAACCCUCUCGAAGCACAGGUCCACAUGCAGACACUGAUGGAGAUCCGAGCCGAAACACUGCACGAGUACAUGACAUCCUACAAGGGUCAUUUUGCCCGCGUUGUUGGUUUCCGACCUACCGGCUGGUCCUAUCGUCCACCUACUUCACGCUUCACAGAAAAUCCGGCAGUAAGCACGGUUCUACAUUCCGACGGGUGGAAGACACGUUACACAAUGCGUGAUCUGGCACCUCAACGCGGAAGCACAAGAGAAUCCAACUGUUUUGGGGUGCCCUAUUCUGAACAUAGCUCGUUUAGAGAGCUCACCAUGUUUUGCUGCGCGCUACGAAUCAAUCGAAUCGUGCCCACUGUCAACGUCGGCAGUGCCAAGAACCGGGAGAAGAUGAAGGCCUGGAUCGAAAAAUGGGACGCGGAGAAGCGUAAGAACGGACUCUUCAAGGUUGAGGUCGGGGCUGAAGGCUGGGGCAGUGGAGAUGGCAAGCUGCAGUAUGGAGUGUAA